AUGCCCCUCUACAACUUCACCUUCUCUCCCUCCCUCUCCCCCCUCGCCCCCCUCGCCCCCCUCACGCUCUCCUCCAAAUCAACCCCCUCCAUCGCCCACCUCAUGACCAGCGUCUUCAUCCUCCGCCAACAAUCUCCAUCUCCUCCUCAGAUCCUCCUCCUCCGCCGCCACCCGCAAGAUUCCUACCCUCUCAAAUGGGAAGCCCCCGGCGGCUCGGCCGAUCCCACCGACACAUCAAUUUUAUCCGCUGCGGCGCGCGAAUUAUUCGAGGAAACGUCCCUCAAAGAGAGUCAUUUCCACGCUGUGCUGGGAAUGACGAAGCAGAAAGCCGAGGAUCUAUUCACGUCUGGAGAGGAGAAGGAGAAGAGGCCGCAGAAUUGGGGCAUUGACCCAAAUGACGAACAAGCACAGGAUAUAGAAGUGCAAGUGUCUGAUGACAUGAAGAUUAUUUUUACGACGUUUCAUGAACCGGAUGGGAUAUGGGGAAAAGUGAAUUUUCUGGCUACUGCAAAGGGAGAGGAUCCGAUAGUGAAGGUUGAUGCUGAAGAGCAUGUUGAAUGGGGAUGGUUCACGGAGGAGCAAGUCCGGACGGGAAGGGCUGCGAGAGGCAAUAUAUUUACGGAGGCGAGUUUUUCUGAUGAUGCAAUGCUUUUGGAUGGGGAUAAGAGGGUUAUGGAGUUUACGAGCCAGGCUGUUUGGGGGAGUUUGCUAGAGGCGUUUAGAGUCGGGAGGGAGAUGGGGAUUAUUGUGUAA